UACUUUUCGGCUGCUGUUGAAUGCUCGCCGGUUAUCGUCAUAAAUAUCCCAUACUCCCUAUGGUCCAGUAUCUUAAAUCAUACUGAUAAAGCGUAAACAUUUAUGUGGAUCAAGGAGGGGAUAAAACAAGUAAACUUUUUCUUCAUUAAUAAAAUAAAGAGAGCAUUAAUUGAAAACACUCUACCUUUGUGUAAUAUGGCAAGCUCAAAAAAUAGCACAUCUCGUCAAAAAGUUCUAGUGACUCGAUCUGAUAUUCCAGAGCCUGGUAUUAAACUUUUAAAAGAAAAAUAUGAUAUGGACAUAUAUCCAGUAGCAUCUCCAAUGCCUAGAGAAGAAUUGCUAUCACGUAUAAAAGGGAAGAAUGCUAUUUUGUGUAUGCUAACUGAUAAAAUAGAUAAAGAAUUUUUGGAUGCUGCUGGACCAGACUUAAAAGUUGUUGGAACAUUAUCUGUUGGAUUUGAUCAUAUUGAUCUUUCAGAGUGCCAUAAAAGGGGCGUGCAUGUUGGAAACACUCCAAAUGUUCUUACUGAUGCUGCUGCAGAAUUGACUGUUGCACUGGUUCUAGCUACUGCCAGAAGACUUAUGGAAGCAACCAAACAAGUUGUCAAUGGUGGUUGGGCUAAAUGCAGUUGGGCUCCUCUGUGGAUGUGUGGAACUUCAUUAACUGGAAGUACUGUAGGAAUUUAUGGACUUGGUAGAAUAGGUUUUGGUGUGGCUGAGCGUCUUAAAGGUUUCAAAGUUAAGGACAUUAUAUAUGCCGGAAGAAAAGAGAAACCUGAAGCUCGAGAGAAACUCAAUGCCAAAUUUGUGCCCUUUAAUCAACUGUUAGAACAGUCUGAUUUUAUUAUUGUCUGUACAGCUCUAACUCCUGAAACACAUGGCAUAUUUAAUUUAGAAGCAUUUAAAAAUAUGAAAAGAAGUGCAAUAUUUAUCAAUACCAGUCGUGGGAAAGUGGUGAAUCAAGAAGAUCUUUACACUGCCUUAACUACAGGUCUAAUUAGAGCUGCUGGAUUGGAUGUUACAGAUCCUGAACCUCUACCAACGGAUCAUAAGUUAACAAAGUUAUCUAACUGUGUUCUCCUUCCUCAUAUUGCAACUGCUGUUGUGGAAACAAGAGAAAACAUGAGUAUAAUAACUGCAAAUAAUAUACUUGCUGGUCUUGAAGGGAAGCCACUACCUUGCCCUCUAUGAAGGAAAGAAAAAUUUUGUUUUAUUUACAGUUAACUUAAUUUUUAACUGAUAUUUGUUGUUGAGAAUUUCAUAUGUAUAUCAAAGUUUAGAAAGAAAUGAUGAAGAAUUGCAAUAAAUUUAUUUUUAUUACUA